AUGACGGAGGGACAAUCCGAACCGAGAUCCCUUCCCGGUGGUCAAGGCCCUCGAAGUUCCCAUCUAACCGUCGUCGCUGACAAGAGUCGCUCACGAUUUCAGGUCAUUGGUAGUGGGAGCAGUAUGUAUAUUCUGGUGCAGUGGCUCGAUCUUUUCUUUGCGAAACGCGACUUUUGGACUCCCAUCUUUCCAUUUUUCCAACAAGGACUGUCAUACUCUGUCGAGAUGCCUCUCCCCUUGCUACCAUCACUCCCGCCUUUACCACCGCCUUCAAAAGUUGAAGAGUAUGUAGCGACCUUUUUCUCACGAAUCCACCCCAUUCACCCUGUCCUCGACCAGGACAUGUUCUAUGAUUCGAUCGAGGAUCUUCGGUCCAAGCUAGAAGCACAUCCCUCUGCUCUUGAUUCGAGAGACUACCCUGCGCUGGCUUGCAGCUAUGCCGUCUUUGGCAUUGCUGCCGAUGAAUUGGAAGGACAGCCCACGGAGCUGGGCAAGUACUAUCUUGAGGGCGCAUAUUUCCUCUACGCGCAUCUUGUGGCCAUACCUUAUGUUACGUCGGUGCAAGCAUUGCUGCUACUGACCGUCGCCUUGAAGAAUCGGAAUAAAGAUGGAGCUAGCUGGGAAACGCUGGGACAGGCAAUACGAAUCGCACAAUCGAUAGGAUUGCAUCGGCAUGACUGGGCGAUGCACAGAGGCUCUAACCUCAUGAAUGCGGAUUCUACGGACGCCACCCAGAUGGAAGACCUUCACUCCCGGAUCUGGUGGACUGCCUACAUUCUCGAAAGGGCCAUGGAGUUGGAAACAGGCAGACCCUCGGCCAUUCGAGACUCUGACUGUAACCAGAUCCUACCACAGCCGGUGCUUCCUCCGCAAUCGACAGACUUGAGCUUUGAUUACUUUGCUGCACUCAUCGGCCUUGCUCGAAUCCAAAAUUCGAUCAAUGAUUUAUAUCGCCCUAGACCCCAUCGACGCAGAACCAAAGAUCUGCUACAUCAAAUGGGACGCUUGGAUCGCUCCUUACAGGACUGGGCGGCGGGUUUUCCCGAAGAGAUUAGGUACGCAAUGUAUUGUGCGGCCAGUUCUGAGACAAGAUAG